AUGCCCACUGUAUUUUGCGCCAAAUGGCCGGCGACAGUCGUGUUGCUCUAUGCCUACUUGACUACAAUUCCGUUCUGGCGAGCGGUCCGAAUCCUCUCGAUUUGGAAUGAAAGUCAGCAAACUAUGGAACAAUUUGCUCGCGACGUUAUUGGGGGAAUUCCCUUCCAAUUCUUUUGUCGGCCGCUCUUUAUUCCCGAUGGACCACGCUUUGUUAUCUUGGAGGGGCGGUUUGAAGUUGACCUCUAUCCUGACAGCAACAAACAAGAGCAGAUAAUGCCCAAUGAACUCCAUCAAUAUGUGGAAGCAUGGGGACCAGCCGGAUGGCCUACCCAGCGACCUCCCAAAAGAACGAAGAAUCUCAACGGUUUCAUGUCCUUUCGCACGUACCUGGCACCUCUAUUCCCGAAAAUCCCCCAGAAGACGAAGUCUCCUCUGAUCGGCUACAUGUGGACUUGCGACAAAUUCAAGCCGCAGUGGUCGCUCCUUUCGAUGGCUUAUUCUAAGCUGCGUGAGCACUUUGAGCUUAGUGACCAGAGUUUGUCCUAUUUUAUCAGGUUGACUAAGCAAUUGUUCAACUUUCCUCGUCCCCAGGCUUACAUGGAUCACGUCGGUUGGACGAUUAAUGAGGUUGCAGGAAGUGAAACUUUUUCGCUGAGCCAAAUCACGCCCAGGAUUACCUUCGCUCUCCCAAAUGAAGCCGUUACAUUGUAUCAGAUCAUUGAUUUUUGUACCACGAUCCCUGGCUACAUUGGCUCUCAGAAGCGGGACUCCAUGUGGCCCGUUUCUCUCAAGGAUAAGACCGAUCUCAUGGCUAUUCAGCACGGUGGUGAAAGCAUCGAUCCGCUUUAUUGGCUUCUGUCCGACGAAGGGGCUUUGAUGAAUGGUCCGUAUGAAGAGUUUACACUUGAAGACCUCUAUGACAACCCUGAUGAGGAUAUGGAUCCCAUCGAAGACUUGGUGUACACAACUGAUUUCGAGCUUCGCAUGGCGGAGGAGAAGAGCGAGCGGGAGAACCGUACCGUUGAGGAAAUUGCGCGAGGAUUUCCUUAUCUCACUGCCUGGGAACCAUGGACUAGCAUCCCUGCCACGAGUCCUCCUCUUCUCUGA